UGAACUUCGGCAUGGCGGCUCACCGUUCCGGCCCGCUCAAGCAGCAGAAUAAAGCUCAUAAAGGCGGGCGGCAUCGGGGUCGAGGAUCCGCACAACGGGACGGAAAGGGUCGUGUAGAACUGAAAAUCUUGUGCAAGAAGGUGAGAAAAGAGCUCAGCAGAGUAGACCAGAGACAUCGCGCCAACCAGCUCCGAAAGCAGAAGAAGGAGGCGGUUCUGGCAGAGAAGAGACAGCUGGGCAGCAAGGAUGGGCCUCCUCAUCAGGUGCUGGUGGUGGCUUUGCAUAACAGAAUUUCCCUGUCUGAGGCCUUUCGCCUUCUUCAGGAUAGGGACAUGGGAACAGUGCACUUAAAUGAAUGGGGAAGCACCUAUAGCUUUAUGCUCCUGUGCCCCCGUUUGAAACAUCGGUGGUUUUUCACAUCUGCAAGGCCAGGAGAUCUUCACAGUGUAUUAGAUAUGGCUAAAGUGGCUGAUACCAUCCUGUUCCUCCUUGAUCCACAAGAAGGCUGGGACAGCACUGGGGAUUACUGCCUUUCCUGCCUCUUUGCUCAGGGUCUUCCCACCUAUACACUUGCUGUCCAGGGAUUUUCUGGUAUCCCUCUGAAAAAACAAAUAGAUGCCAGAAAGAAGCUAAGCAAAGCAGUAGAGAAGCGAUUUCCUGAUGACAGACUCCUCCUGUUAGACACUCAACAGGAAGCAGCAACACUGCUUAGGCAGUUGGCUAACCAAAAGCGAAGGCAUCUUGCUUUUAGAGAUCGGCGAGCCUAUCUGUUUACCCAUGCUGCUGAUUUUGUACCUAGUGAAGAGAAUAAGUUGGUGGGCACCUUGAAAAUCUCAGGCUAUGUUCGUGGGCAGACUCUGAAUGUAAAUAGCUUGCUACAUAUUGUUGGACAUGGUGAUUUCCAAAUGAAACAGAUAGAUGCCCCCAUCGAUCCUUUUCCUUUAAACCCUAAAGUGAUAAAAUCCCAAAAGGACUCAGGCAUGGCAAUGGAGGUUUGUGCUUCAGAUGUUGCAUCUGACAUGGAAGAAGAUCUUAAGGUCCUAAUGAAGGCAGACCCUGACAGACAAGAGUCUUUGCAAACAGAAGUUAUUCCAGAUCCAAUGGAAGGGGAGCAAACCUGGCCCACUGAGGAGGAGCUGAGUGAGGCAAAAGAUUAUUUGAAGGAAGGUUCUAAGGUGGUAAAGAAGGUCCCCAAAGGAACGUCCAGUUACCAAGCUGAAUGGAUUUUGGAUGAAGGUGGUGAAAGUGGAGGGGAAAGAGAUGAAGAUGAUGACACAGAACAGGAUUUUAUGGAAGAGGAAUCUCAGGAUGAAAAAAGUGAAGAAGAGGAGGAGGAAUGUGAAACUAUGACUAUAGGGGACUCUGUACGUGAUGACCUUUAUGAUGAGAAAAUGGAUGAGGAGGCUGAGGAAAAAAUGUUAGAGAAAUAUAAACAAGAAAGGAUGGAAGAAAUGUUUCCAGAUGAAAUGGACACCCCCCGUGAUGUGGCUGCUAAAAUUCGAUUUCAGAAGUACAGAGGCCUUAAGAGCUUCCGGACAUCUCCAUGGGAUCCUAAGGAAAAUCUUCCUCGAGAUUAUGCUCGGAUCUUUCAGUUUCAGAACUUUACCAAUACUAGGAAAAGAAUCUUUAAAGAGAUUGAGGAAAAAGAGGAUGAAGGAGCUGAGGUUGGCUGGUAUGUCACACUUCAUGUCUCUGAAGUCCCUUUUUCAGUAGUUGAAUACUUCAGGAAAGGAGCCCCUUUGAUUGCAUUUUCUUUGCUACCUCAUGAACAGAAGAUGUCAGUGUUGAACAUGGUGGUAAGCCGGAAUCCUGGCUAUACUGAACCUGUAAAGGCCAAAGAAGAGUUGAUUUUCCACUGUGGAUUCAGGCGUUUCCGAGCCUCACCUUUAUUUUCUCAGCAUACUGCAGCAGAUAAACAUAAACUUCAGAGAUUCUUGACUGCUGAUGUGGCCUUGGUGGUGACGAUAUAUGCACCAAUUACUUUUCCUCCUGCAUCUGUGCUGCUUUUCAAGCAGCAAAGCAACGGAAUGCACAGCCUUGUUGCCACAGGCCAUCUGUUGUCAGUGGAUCCAGAUAGAAUGGUCAUCAAGAGAGUUGUUCUGAGUGGUCAUCCUUUCAAAAUUUUCACUAAGAUGGCAGUAGUACGUUAUAUGUUCUUUAAUAGAGAGGAUGUGCUAUGGUUUAAACCAGUGGAACUGAGAACAAAGUGGGGCCGUAGAGGACACAUCAGGGAGCCUUUAGGUACCCAUGGCCAUAUGAAAUGCAGUUUUGAUGGGAAGCUAAAAUCUCAGGACACAGUACUGAUGAAUCUUUAUAAACGAGUUUUCCCUAAAUGGACUUACGAUCCAUAUGUACCAGAACCAGUACCUUGGGUGAAAAGUGAGAUUUCUUCAACAGUGCCUGAAUUGGACAUGGAGUAAUGGAUUCAAUAGGAUUCUGUCUUAUUGUUAAUAAUUAGCACUAUAAAGAUGGGCCUACAGGUUGUGACUGAGCAGUUUGUAGUUUAUACUUUAGUCCAUCAGUAUGCUGUCCUGUUUACAAAAGAUCUUGGCUCAGUAUGGAAGUUUUUAUACUUAGUCUAAGAAAACUAUUAAAUAUACUGAAAUAGCUGUACUCCAUUAGGACUUUGAAAACUUUACAAGAAGAUGUUUUGGUGCUGGGGAUCAAACUUGGGUCCUUGCACAUACCAGGCAAGUGCUCUGCCACUGAGCUGCCCUGCCUGAGGGGAACAUGAAAAACAAAAAUUUCAUGUAUCUAGAGAGACACUGAAGCCCAUCUCUUUCUUUUAUAUAAAUUAAACAGAAACAGACUGAUAAGGAGCUGGCCUUUCAGCGUGCUUCACCCAACUUAAGGAGGUUAAGUCUACAUUUCCACCACUGAGAACAAUACAAAUGUUCUUUACUUCUGGAGAAACUGCUUGAAAAUUCCGAGACAGCACAGCAGCCACUCCAACACCAGCUGUAGGUUCAAUGAGUAGUUUCAUCCUUUCCCAAACCAGUUGGGUUGCAUACUGUUGGUAUAGAAGUGAGUAAGGAUUAGCAAAACAGGAGAAGGGGAAAGGUUUAAUUCUGUAGGCCAAAUGAAGAUAUAUGCCCAGUCUGAAUUUUCUCGUUGCUAAUGCAUGUGUGUUUGCCAGUGGAGAACACAACUUUCAUCUUAUCUCUGCUUGCCUCAGAGGUUUGUCCUAAUAUAGCUUGGGUACCCUCCCAUAGGUCAUGAAAUCACCCUGUGGUUACUCCGAGUAGGAGAAGGUUGUCUUGCUUAAUUAAAGUUGUACUAUUAUAGGUUUUUUCCUCUUGGAGCCUUACCUUGAUUUCAUCCUCUGUGACAGUGAAGACAUCAUCCACAAGGUCCCUUAUAAUAGGCCAGGUGUUUAAGCCAAUGCUGGAUUUGACACCAUCUGCUAUAGUUUCUGGAGGAUAAGGAUUGGGGGUCAGCUCCCCUUUCAGUUUGGACUUGUAGCAAUCAUCUGCAUUCAAGGGUUCAGCAGCAUAUACCUUCACGCUAGGUUUCAGAGCCUGGAAGAGGAAUAUUAGACAUCUUACAACUAACUACAGCAUUACCUACAUGCUUAAAAUAAAGUAUGCAGAAUAGGGGAAAAAGGGCAUUUCUGGCUAUGUAAGAGUCUUCCUUUUGAUGGAUGUAAUGAAAACACGACCUUCAAGCACUAUAAAUAAAUUGUAUGUCUAAUACUGGG